GGGAUGGAGGGCGGCGAUGGGGCUGACGGGGCGCCCGGCGCGGGGCCCGAACCGGGACCGGGACCGGAGUCAGAGCCGGGGCCGGAGUCGGAGCCACAGCCGCGCAUCGCGCUGCCGCCACUGGGACCGGGCGCACCCCUCGGUUACCUGCACGUCCUGUGGCAGCGGGAGGAGCCCGCGGGCAAGAUCCCGGCCCGCCGCCUGCGCAGGGCCGCCCGCCUGCACCGCCGGCUGGGGCCCACGGGCAAGGAGGCGCACGCUCUGAAAAGGCUGCGUGAAGCUGCCAAUAGCAAUGAUUUGGACACAGUGCAGCAACUCCUGGAGGAUGGAGCUGACCCCUGUGCUGCGGACGACAAGGGCCGGACAGCCCUGCACUUUGCCUCCUGCAAUGGCAACGAUCACAUUGUCCAACUGCUUCUGGACCAUGGGGCUGACCCAAACCAGAGAGAUGGGCUGGGCAAUACUCCCUUACACUUGGCUGCCUGCACGAACCACGUUCCUGUCAUCACCACGCUGCUGCGCGGAGGGGCCAGAGUUGAUGCCUUGGAUCGAGCUGGCAGAACCCCACUACACCUGGCUAAGUCAAAGCUGAAUAUCCUGCAGGAAGGAUUCUCCCACAGCCUGGAGGCUGUACGCCUUGAAGUGAAACAGAUUAUCCAGAUGUUGCGGGAAUACCUGGACCGUCUGGGGAGGCAUGAGCAAAAGGAACAGCUGGAUGACCUCUGCUCCAGGCUACAGAUGACUAGCACGAAGGAGCAGGUGGAUGAGGUUACAGACCUCCUGGCCAGCUUCACGUCACUCAGCCUGCAGAUGCAGAAGAUGGACAACAGGUAAUGGGCUGCCAAAUAAUAUUCCUGCAGCAGCAGGAGAAGCCUUAGAGAGAAAAGGAAGCUGAAGUUUGCUUCUAAGAUCACUGACUAAACAUAGUUGCCAGCAGCCAUUCCUGCCCAGACUGACUCUCCAGUGGUGCUCAGACUGUUCCUGUCGGUGCUGCCACAGCUGCCCCACAGGAAGGCAGCAGGCUCUGCACAACAAAGGCAACAGACAAGAAUGGUGCAGCUGUGACUUUGGGGUAAAAGAGCUGCUCUGCUUUUUACCUUAGGGGCUGGCAAUGACUAGGGUACCCCUUUCCAGAGAUAUUUUGCCUUCUCCUAAGUACAUCAGCUCAAUGUAGGUGGUGACCAAUGCCAUGUGCAGUUACCAGCUUUUACUAGUGCACUCAGCAGCUGGCCAGCAUCACAGAAAAGCUUGGAACAUUCCUGCUUGGAAAAGGCAUCUUUUGCCCCCUCCAUACUGCUCAAUUGCAUGAGGGAGAAAGUGAAUGCCUUGAACAGCACAAGGCUUUGUGCUGUGAGAAGAACACACAUUUAAUUCUGCAUGCUAGAAGCUGAGCAAACAUUCUGCCUUAAGAAACAUGCACUGAGGCUUAAUCCUCACCUUCCCCAGAGCCUGCUAUCAGAGAGCAGAGAAUGUAUCUGGUUGCAAAUGGGAUACAAAGUUUUUCAUGGCUAGACUAACACCUUUCACUGGACCCAUUUUUUAAGUCUGCUGCCAAGUUAGUGCUAAAAUAUUACAGUGUAACACUUCCAAAAAGUACCCAGCUAGCAGGUCAGAGCUGCCCUGUUGCAAGAAUAAGGAUGGGAGGGUGACAAUCUUAACGCAGUUCUAGUCAGACACCUACGUCUUGCAAUAAAGCCCCACCAUAACUAACAUUUCCUGCUACUGGCAGUCUCAGGCAAGAGGUCCAGUUGUGACAGGAGGAUGGAGGUGGAUUUACCUCUGCCUCAGCAGCACCAAACCCAUUGCUCAGCCAUUCUGCAUCUCUUGCUUGUCAUGGAGAACCUUAAGUGCAGUGUGAGAAACGAAUUAUGGUUUAUGCUGGGAGCCUGAAGUGAUGCAGCUAUGAAGGAUGCAGGGAGAUGCUCCUGCUGCUCUCUUGCUUCUGCCUACUGUGGUUAGCAAUGAAGAUUUAGGUUGCUUUGUUGUGGAGCAGAGAUCCAGGAAAUCUCAUUGAUAGGGCACCUACAGCAACAGGGUGAUAGGAACAUGUCAGUAGUGAUCUGAGUUCCCACCUGUGUACCACACCAUGGUGUGCUGGUAGCCACACCUAUCCCACAGCUUGGGAGUCACUGGUUUGAAAGAGGUUAUUAUUAAGAUUCACCUUAAAUACGCAGCAACUACAGUUUGGAGAGUUCUUCAGAGAUCUUUAGGUCAGCAUGCUCUCUGAUACCUGCCUCUUGUCCAGGAAGAGGCUGAGUGGACUUCUGUUCAAAGCUGAGAUACCAGAAAUAGGCAUGGCUUUUAGAUGGGUUCAUCUGUGGGCUGCUGGAGAACACAGCUGGGAUCAGCAGUCCCAUGGCUGGGCUGGAGCUGUCACUGUGCAUAUUCAUUAUGAUAUGCUGGAUGGGAAGGAUGCCGAGAGGGUGGGAGACAAUCUGACCUUUUUGUAUUUUCAACUUCAAUAAAAUCCUGUCAUCCUUUUGUGA